AUGUCUUGGAGAUUCGAAGUACCUCUGUACUAUUGUAGUAUAGCUACUUGGUUUGUUGACAAAGCCGCCGCCGCCACCGCUGCGCUUCUCCUGAAGGGCGACAAAUCGCCUCCAGCCGCCGGCUUCGGUAUCGGCUCUGGCUUCGCGCUUGCCAUCUCGCUUCUGUCAGAAGAAGGCUUGGGCCCGGCGGGAUGGGCACUGCGAACCCAUUGGCGCGCCGCUUCGCCGUUGCGUCGCACCCGCGCCGUGCGGCUUUCUCCUCCUGGCAUUUCAACGAACACAUGGUGGGUGUUCUUGUUCAUAUCGAAACGACAGCGGCCAGGACCGAGUCCAGGCCUUCUUCUCAGUGGCGGCGGUGCCCGCGCGCCUGCUGUGCGCCUGGCAGCGGUGAAAGCUCCCGCACGCGCCUGGCUGGCGGCGGCGGCGAAGUCUGCACGCGCCAGGCCAGCGGCGGUGGAACCUGCACGCGCCAGGCCCGAGGUGGCUCCUGACAGGCGGCGGCGGAGCUCGCAUGUGCCAGACCAGCGGCCUCGGCCGCCCUGGCGUGGAGGAGAGGGGCGCGGGCACGAUGUUUCCGGCCACCCCGGCGCGUGUUGGGGGCUCGGGCACGGCAGGAGUUACCAAAAAGUUCAGGGAAGUCAGAGAGAGAGGGAGAGAUCGGUGCGGGACCUGCGGCAAGGCGCUUUGAUUGUUCCAGGCGGCCACUGCUCCAGUGGUGCAGCCACCAGCGGAGGGUCGGUGGUGCCGAACAUUGAGCGGGGGAGUGCGACUCCAGCGAGGGCUACAGGUACCCUCACCGGCGAUGGCAGGGGAAGCGCGAGACGGCAGCACCUGCGGGACGGGGCUUCCACCCUGCGGCACGGCGGGCAGGCCGUUGAGCCUGCGAGGCAACGGCACGGAGCGGAUGCUGGAGCGGCGGAGAGGACAGUGGCGCUAGGGUUUGGGCAGGGCAGGUGCGAGGUCCGCUGCAGGCGCCAUUUGAGGAGGGGCGUGCACAGCCUGCGCUGCGGGCCUGCGGCUGCAAGGCGGCGACGCGUAGGGCAGGCGUGGGCGCAGGCGCGGGAUCCUGCGAGGCUCCUAGAAGGCGCGGGUGGAGGCUGGCAGAAGCUGCGGGUGACGGCGGAGGAAGGGUGA